AUGUCGUCUUGCUCGCCCCUGGACGGGCUGCCGCCCAGUCAGCGCUCGCCUCUGCCUUCCAGGUUACUUGCUCGCUCACCACUGGUCACCCUCCCUGACAACGGAGACAACUACCGCCCUCGUGAGAGGUCGCGGUCGCCCCGUCGUGGUCGAUCACGAAGCCCAGGUCGCAGUGGACACCGCCGGUCAUAUUCGCCGCGCAGCAACCGAUCUCGGAGCGCCGACCGGAACGAUCGGAGAAGGUCCCGCUCGCCCAUGAGUGGACAGGGAGCACCUGCCGGAGGAUCUAACGCGGGUUAUGGUGGAGCUUCACGCCCCUCUGAGGACCGUAAUCAAGGAAAGGACCAGAUGAUGAGCAACCUGCGAGAGAAUUCCCAGCAAGACCGUCGCGUCUAUGUCGGGAAUCUGUCCUACGACGUCAAGUGGCACCAUCUGAAGGACUUCAUGCGACAAGCCGGCGAGGUGAUUUUUGCCGAUGUGUUGCUGCUUCCGAACGGAAUGUCGAAGGGAUGCGGAAUUGUGGAAUACGCCACGAGGGAGCAAGCGCAGAACGCGGUCGCCACUCUCAGCAACCAGAACCUGAUGGGUCGCCUCGUUUACGUCCGAGAGGAUCGCGAGGCUGAGCCGCGGUUUAACUCCAACGCGGGCGGCCGUGGUGGAGGUUUCGCUGGUACGGGCGGCCCUGGCAACUUCGGCGGCCCUAGCGGGUUCAACCCCAUGGGCGGCAGCACUGCCGGCCGCCAGGUCUUCGUCAACAACCUUCCAUUCAAUGUCGACUGGCGCGAAUUCAAGGACUUGUUCAGACAAGCGGCCCGUGUCGGAGGUGUCCACCGAGCCGAUGUCCACAUGACGCCAGAUCAACGACCCAAGGGGUCGGGCAUUGUCAUCUUCGACAGUCCCGAUGACGCCAACAACGCCAUCAACCAAUUCAACGGUUACGAGUGGUACGGCCGCACGCUGGAAGUUCGCCUCGAUAGGUACGCAGGCGCUGGAUAUGGCGGCGCUCGCGGCGGAUUUGGUCAGCGCGGCGGCUUCGGUGGCUUCAACCGAGGCGGUGGCUUUGCCGGCCGGGGAGGCUUUGGUGGCGGCGGCUUCAACCGGGGCGGAUACGGCGGUGGUUUUGACGCCUCGGUCUCUAACCCUGUCGCCGCCGUCGCCGCUGCUGCCGUCCCGGCGAACCCUUUUACCGACAACGCCACGUCUGGAACCGAGCGCAGCGAGACGAUUUACGUGCGCAACCUUCCGUGGUCCACGAGCAACGAUGACCUCGUUGAGCUCUUUACCACCAUCGGCAGGGUGGAGCAGGCCGAGAUCCAGUACGAGCCCAGCGGCCGCUCUCGUGGCAGUGGCGUAGUCCGCUUCGACAGCGCCGAGACGGCCGAGACUGCAAUCGCCAAGUUCCAAGGCUACCAGUACGGCGGACGGCCACUGAACCUCAGCUUCGUCAAGUACGUCAGCAACAACGCCCCCGGCGUCGACUCCAUGGACACCGAUCCCCACGGGGGCCUCACCCAAGACCAGAUCAUGUAA